AUGAAGAUAACUCCAACAACUAGUGGAGAAACAGUUGUGGUUGGUACAUAUACUUUCGACCAAGAAAAUGCAAGGAAAGAGUUAUCAGUUAUGGUUUGUCUUCACGAGUAUCCGCUAUCUAUUGUGGACUACAUUGGGUUUCGACGAUUUUGCAAUGCUUUGCAACCUCUCUUCAAAGUGAUUACUCGCAACACUUUAAAGAGUGACAUCUUGAAGCUCUACAAUGAUGAGACAUCAAAGACAAUGAAUGUCGUUGAGCGUAAUAAAAGUCGAGUUGUAAUUAUAACUGAUAUGUGGACAGCAAGCAACCAAAACAAAGGUUAUAUGGCUAUCACAGCUCAUUACAUUGAUGAUUUUUGGAAAUUGCAAAGCUGUCUUGUGAGGUUUAUAUAUGUGCCGGCUCCCCACACGGCUAAGGUACUUUCGGAGGUUCUUGUGGAUUGUUUGAUGGAUUGGAAUCUUGAUAGGAAGGAUGGGUUACAACUUAUUUCACAUGCUAUUGAAAAGGUGAGGGAUAGUGUUCAUUAUUGGACUGUAACACCUAAAAGAGAAGAAAAUUUUAAGGAAACAUGUGCGCAACUUAAAAUACCCUACACAAAAAAUCUUUGUCUUGAUUGUAAAACUAUGUGGAAUUCAACAUUUUUGAUGCUUGAAGUUGCAAUUAUGUAUAGAGAUGUGUUUGAAAGAUUGUCAUUGCGUGAGAGUCAAUAUAAAUCUUUGCCUAGUGAGAAGGAUUGGGAUAUGACAGAUGAAAUUUUUCAAAGAUUGAGGGUAGUUUUUGAUGUGACUGAAUUAUUUUUUGGAACAACUUAUCCUACAUCAAAUCUUUAUUUUCCUAAGAUUUGUGUGAUUAAGUUGGCUUUGAUGGAUUGCAAAAUUAUGGAAAUGAGAUAA